AUGUUUACAUCUUUCCACAACUGUAACAUUUUAGGAACAUUACCUUUGUUUGCAAUAGUUAUUUCACACAUUCAAACACAAACUAACGUUAAUUAAAUUCAAAUGGAAACAAAACCGGAAAAAAAUAUGGCGAGCAAGUUUGUGAACAUUGUCCAAGAAUCACUGAUUUAUUUACAUACAACCAAAUCUAAGCAAAAUGCUUCACAUUUUUUCUAGACAGAAAUCAGUUUGAGUAUAAUAUUUAUGAUAUUACAACACAUAAGUUAUUAUACAUUGAUAGCAUUAUAACAUUAUUAUCUUAACCUCCUGAGACCCCGCAUCCUCAUAUGAGGACAUUACAUUUUUGCUGAUACUUAAUUUGUAAGAAUUUUGACCAAUUGCCCUCAUCUGGGGGCCCUGCCUGCACCACCCAGUGGUCUCAUAAUGAAAUUACACUCAUUUGAAAAAAAAAAAACAACAUGGCGGGGAUGACUUCGAACGUCUUCUACGGCAGCUCCCGACAGAAACAUGGACAAGGGGGAAUGUCCUUUUUGAGAGCUGAACGAUUGCUAAAUGCAAUCACAAAUGACUCUGAGAUUGAAGAUUUGUCAGAUGGUGAAGAGGAUGAUCCUGCUGUGGGUGAAAUCGCUCCAUGUGAAGCAACUGUGGAGCAACCUGAUGAUUCUGAUUCAGAUUAUCAACCUGAUGCUGCUGACAUAAGUGAAGAUACUGACAGCGAUGUGAGUGAGCCACAACAUAAACAACAGCAUCUUGAGAAUGAUGAACCUGACCAGGAUGUGCAAGGUCGCAGGGCAGGACCAAGAAAUGGAAAUAGAGAGUACUGGAAGUCUGCUCCAUUCAACCCUGUCUUAGUCCCAUUUCAAGGAGCUGAUGAACAACAAGACGAGAGAGCAGAUAUGUCGCCGGUGCAGUACAUGGAACAGUACGUUGACAUAGAACUGAUGAAAGUCCUUGCCGACUGUACAAAUUCUAUGUCAUUAGCUAAAAGUGGGAGAUCUCUCAACACAUCGGUUGAAGAGAUGUACCACUUUUUUGGAGCAUCCAUCUUGAUGUCCUGCAUCCCUUACCCACAAAUCCGCAUGUUCUGGUCCACUAACCUGAGAGUCCCUGCCAUUAGUGACACAAUGAGACGCGACCGAUUCUUCAAGCUGAGGAGCCAUCUGAAGGUGGUAAUUGAUGACGACAUUCCUGAAGACAGGAAAACAGACAAAUUCUGGAAGGUGAGGCCUUUCAUGAAUCGCAUACUCAAAGGCUGCCAUGCUCAGGCCCGACCAGAAUCCGUCUCAAUAGGUGAACAGAUGAUACCAUUCACUGGAGGCUGUCCGUUCCGCCAGUAUGUGCCGCUAAAGCCAAAUCCAGUUGGCAUGAAGAAUUUUGUCCUGGCAACAGCAGAUGGCGUCGUUCUCGACUUUGAAGUUUACCAAGGUUCAAAGGAACUGGCUGCACAGGUGCUGGACGCAGAAGGAUUGGGUUUGGGAGCCCUGGUCCUCAAACGCCUGACAAAAACAGUACAUCCUGGUACAAAGGUGUACUGCGAUAGGUUCUUCACCACCACAUCAGCUGCGGAAUCCAUGCUGGAGAAGCAGGUGUACCUAACUGGUACAGUCAUGAAGAACAGGAUCCCAAAAGCAAUGCAGAAGCUUCCAAGUGACAAGAUCAUGAAGCAGCAAGGCAGAGGUACCUCCGCAUCAGUUGUCAGGGGAGAUGGGAAACUGAAUGUUGUGAAAUGGUUUGACAACAAGCCGGUCCUGAUGCUCUCUGCUGUCCACACUAAGGAGCCAGAGAAUACCUGCCAGCGGUGGUCCAAGAAGAACAAAUGCUACUUAACCAUCAGACGACCAAAUAUUGUACAAGAGUACAAUGCAAAGAUGGGUGGGGUAGACUUAUCAGACAGAAUGAUGAGCUACUACAGGAUGAGCGUGCGAACAAAGAAGUGGACGAUUCGCAUGCUUAUGCACUUCAUGGAUCUUGCUCUGGCCAACAGCUGGCUGCUGUAUCGCAGAGAUCAUCAAGAACACGGUACCCCAAGAAAGGCUAUCAUGACGUUCCUCGCGUUCCGCAUGGACGUGGCUCAGGUGUUCCUCAACAAGUGUGAUGUCACGCAUGCAGAGGAAGAGAGUGCAUGCUGUCCACAACCUGGCCAAAGAUCCCUGGUCACUCCAAUCCCCCACAUCUCAAAGCGCACAGCUUCUGCUGCUCAUCUGCCGGAAGUUGCUGAUCUCAAGAACCCGAUGCGUUGCAGACAACAAGGCUGCCCUGGGAAAUCCCGUGUACGCUGUCUGACAUGCAAUGUGUUCCUUUGCCUGCAAAGUCGGCGCAACUGCUAUGAAGCCUUUCACGGAGAUGUCCAGCAAGUGUUGGUGGUCAAAGAGGAGCUGGUUGUUGAGGAGGAGGACUGGAGUGCCAGACCAGACCAGGAGGACCAGAAGCCUCCUCAGAUUAAAGAGGAAGAGGAGGAGAAUGAGAUCACAGAGUUAACUUUCAGUCCUGUUCAUGUGAAGAGUGAAGAUGAGGAAGAGAUACCUCAGCUGUCAGAACUUCUUCCCAGUCAGACUGAGGGGAACAGAGACUCUGAGGAAUCAGAUGAUGACAAAACUUCAAAUUGUUCUUCAGAGACGGACGUCAGUGAUGGAAACUGGGAGGAAAGUGAAGCUCAGUCAGGUUUAGACUCUGUGAAAAAAGAUGCCGUUCCUGUUGGUGAUAGAAAAUGUGGCAAAAGUAAAAAGUUACACAUCUGUCCCGACUGCGGAAAAACAUUCAGAAGCAGGCAAGGUUUGUUAGGACACCACAGAAUACACACCGGAGAAAAUCCUUUCAGCUGCUCCAUUUGUAACAAAACCUUUUCUUCAAAAGGAAACUUGCAAAAACACUCAAAGGUCCACACAGGGGAAAGACCAUUCAAAUGUUCUGUCUGUGGUACAGCUCUUAAAAGUAAAAAUGCAUUAAUUGAACACACAAGAAUCCACACUGGGGAGAAGCCGUUCAAUUGCUCCAUUUGCGGCCGAAGCUUUAGUUUCAGGUCGUAUUUAACUGUUCACAUGAAGUGUCACUCUGAAGAAAAACCUUACAGCUGUUCUCUCUGUACAGCAGCUUUCAAAAGGAAAAACGUCUUAUUGGCACAUGUAAAAACUCACACUGGAGAGAAGCCUUACAGCUGCUCAGUCUGUGGGAAGAACUUUGCCCACUGUGUAAGUCUAACAUGUCAUAUGAGAAGUCACACAGGAGAGAGACCUUACAGCUGCUCCAUUUGUAAGGCGACAUUCAAGUGGAAAAAUACAUUCACACAUCAUAUAAAAAUCCAUACUGAUGAGUAAGCUGCCAAGACUCUGGUCCAAACUUAAGAGAUAAGAAGACUGCACACCAGUCCUCAGUUCCAGGCCUCGAGGAACUUUUUUCAACGCACCUCAAUAAUGACUGAAUUACUUAUCAAGUGAUGCACAUUAAGGUAUAUUUUGUGUUCAAAACAGACAAGUAAGCAUGUUUUUAGAAGACGUCUCAAAUAUUCACAAGCGGUUUUGGUCCCUAACAAAAGCCGUUUUCCACUGUAUUGGAAUAAGUUGUAUUGAAUGUUGUGAUGAGGUUGAACUCCUUUUACCCGGAUAUGAACUGGACCUUUUGUGUUGCAUAGUGCCUUACAUUUGUGAACUGGUGCCAAAUUAAAUUGAUCUCUGUACAGCAGAAGAUUGGUGGAAAGUGGUGUGUUUUCUUGAUGAAUCCUCAUAAUUGUUUGUGGACUUCUAGAUAUUUUUGUUGCGAUGAUGACCCCAGCAUUCUGAUGCAAUCCACAUCAGUUUUUUAAGAUGUUAAUAAAAUAAUUUUAAUUAUCUUUUUGUAUGAAAUAAAAAUGUAUUGGAAAAAAUC